CGCGCACGGGUUGCGAUUGCGAUCGUCGUAUUUUUUACCUUAUCCGCCGACCGCGCGGCAAGCAAGCUACCACUAGUAUUGAUCGGGCCUCCGCCGCGGAACGGUGCGGCGCUCUCGAAUAUGCGAUAAGAAUAUCCGCGACUGUAAUUAUUGUGUUGAAACCUUACAAGCCUGAGAGCCUAGGAGCCAAGGCGUACAGGGAGGAAUGGCAGCUUAGGCCGCCCUGAUCACCGACUACGAUGUCGAAGAUCCCCAUCGAGAGACAUGGCAAACUACUGCGAGUGUCAGAAAUGCGGGACACCUUCUCCAGCAACCAAUCUAAACUAAAGAGCCUCGGCUCUGUGGACACCGGUGACACGUCUUGUGAAUCCAACACGGAUGGGAAAGGUGAAACGAAAGUGAAGGAAUCAAUAAUCAAGAAAACAUAUGCAUCACUAAUACCUAAGAUGAGCUUAAGUCUGGAAAAGGUUGUGGAACAAAAUCCGAGAAUACUCGAUUUGCGUGAGAAACUUAACGAAAUAACAAAGAAGCAGAAGAGUGUCGAUAAAAAGACAAAAGGACUGAUAAAUGGUAUAACACAGCAGCUAGUUGAUGAUAAAGACGUUGACGAGUCAGGCCCGUAUAGCCUACUUUUUGAUCUUCAAACGGAUCCGUCGACGUCUUGUAAGGAGAGCACAGAAUUGAACCAUUGGUCAUCAGAAAAAAAUGUUAAUGAUAUUGGUCACCAAAGUUUAAGUAAAUCUACCCACUCUUUAAGAAGCGCUGACAGAUUACCAAACGUUAUUAAUUUUGAUGACAAGCCAAUGAGAGAAUUUGAAUACUCUUGUGAAAAUGAAACUAAUUUUCCGGUUAAGAAAACUUUUAAUACUCAUUCAAGGUCCGAUCUGUGCUUGCAACUUAAGUCGCAUAUCCCAAGUCGACCUUUCGAAUCGAAUCACAGUCCGAUUGAGAAUUCAUUGCGAAACAACGAAGAAAAUUCACUGGAUGAUAGUCUAGGCAUUUUGACUCCGGAUCAGAUGGAUGAUAUGUGUUACUUAGAUAAUACUUUUUCUCCAACUGUUGAAGGGCUGCCAAUUUUCUGUAACAAUGAAAAUAAAAUAUCUCCUGAUAAUGGCGAUACACCAUCCACAGAUAAGACUGAAAGUAAUUCUGCAGCUUCGACAAUACAGAAUGAUGGAUUUGAAAGUCAUGCUGGUAAAAAAUGUGAGGUCAUUGACUUAAAAAGUACCAAUGAUAAAACAAAAAAUGAACUCGAUGAUGAAAUAUUAAUCGAGAAUACCUCACCCCGUGUUUCUAAAGAAAUCUCUAGUUUAGACACUCACAAUUACAAAGAAAAUAUAAUAGAGAACGAAGAAAUGACGUUAAUGAAGGAAGAUCUUUUAAAUGAAGAAGAAUUUAUGCCUUCCAUUCACAGUAGCAUUUUAGAACCAGCCAGUUCUAUAGCUGAAAGUACUGUAAACUUAGAGAUACCUUUAGACUGCAAACAUGAGAACCGCAUUGUGGUUAAUAGAGUGGAGCAAACUCCUUCACCUGAAGAUUUACCUCUGGAUACUUCUGAUAUCAAUGGUGAGAUAAGUACUUAUUCCCAAUUCUCUGGGUCAACAAUGCAUGAUUCUCAGACUUAUUCCGACAAUAAAAAUGACUUUACUAAAUCAAUGGAGACAUCCAAAGUAUCAAACAGUUUUAUUACGAGUAUCACGAGUAUCACAAGUUUAGACGGUUAUCAGGGUGAUGGAGAAAUGUCUAGACCAGUAAGCAGAGGAGCUGACCAUUCCAUUGGUCAUCGUGAGGACGUUAUAGAAAUGGACUGGCAGAAUGUUCCCGUGACCAGACGAGCUGACCCAAUGACUGAUUCAGAUUUUUUCACGGAGAGCGAUGCUGAUGGGCUCGAUGACAGCAUGCAACGAGGUGACAGAAGAGCUCAAGUCAUCGAUGGUGCACUGUAUGGUGGCAAGGGUGGUAAUGGAAACCCACCGUUGAUUGUGAAUAGAAAUGAUGAUUCUUGUAUGGAAUCCAGUGGAGUGUACACUGACUUUGAAAAUCAUCGUUCAUCACCAGUAUUCCUUAAUGUUAUCGAUGACAUGUCUCCGGAAGGAUCCACGCCAUCGACGCGUUCGGAAUGCAGUCAAAAGAAUGGAAAUGCUGUAAAACCUGAUUCAUAUUUUACUGUUGAAAAUACUGAACAAAAAACUGAAGCACCUCAUGCUAUAGAGAAGGAGACUCCUAAGAAUACAAGUAAGAGAAAUUCAUUAAACAGUGAAAAAGAUGUACGCUGUAAUGAAAAAAACAAGGAAGAAAAGAGGAGUUUUACUCUGAAAAAGUACAAAAUGCCUAAGCGCGAUGUGCCAAGCAAGCUAAAAAGCAUGUUGGCCAGUAGAAAGACUGAAGUCGAUACUAGUGUACAAAGUAGUCCAAAGACUGCUAAGAAAACAGAGAGGCGAGACAAUUUCUCAAAGAAGAAUUCUAUAGAUUUGAAAUGUGACUACAAAACUAAGUCUUUCAAGGAUAUUAAGUCUAAAGUGGACAGUUCGUUCUCGCUGCAGCGGUCGCAAACGGCGUGUAGUGUAAAUAGGUUAACAUCUAAAUCAACCAACACCAAUACAAAGCCUAAGAGUCGGCAUAUGCGUAUGCGCAUGGAGCUGGGCUCAGCGGCAGGCAGCGGCAAGAGCAGCCUGCACAGCUCACAGAGCGACAUCAGCGCCAUCAGCACCCCGCCCGGGAAGCACCCCACUACGCGCUUCCCUCUGCUCAGGAAUGGCAAGAAGCGGGAGAGCGCCCCUCCGGCGAGCACCCCCGCGCGCCCCCCGCCGCCUGCCACACCCCCCACCGUUCAGGCCAAGAAGAAUGGCGUCGUGCAGAAAUUGUCAUCUUCGCCGGUGUCCGUGCGUGCGCGCACUGCGUCUCUCGCACCACCCCCUUCCCCGCGGAAACCACCUCCUAACCGGGUACCAGCACAGAGGCCUACCACCCUACCAACCAAUAAAGAGCCGCCGCGAGUAACAGCGGCGGUGGGGCCACGCGGUAAGCGGGUGCAAACGCCGCAGCCGACGCGCACGUCCCCCGCACCGCUCGCCGCUCCCCUACCCGUCGUCCCGAAGGAACAGUCCGCUGCGCUUGUACACGCUGCCAAAGGUGUCGAGGCCCUAGGCGUCUUAGUGCAAUAUUUAGUGUUCCGAUUGGACGCGUUAAAUGGCGGCGCGUGGAAGGUGGAGGCGGAACGGUGGCGCGGCGUGGCGGCCGCGGAGCGGACCAGCGCCGCGCGCGCAGACAGAGACCGACAGCAACGCGCGCAGAAGGAUCUUGACACCAUCGCCGAAUGCCUGAGCAAGAUCUCAGAGCUGGAGAUGGAGGUGUCGUCCAAGGAGGAGGUGAAUGCUCGUCUCCAGGCCACACACAUCGAGGAGGUCGCGGCACUCGCGAACGAUAUCAAGGGACUCAAAGAUACAAUAGAGUCCCUUAAACACGAAGUUGCCGAGAGUAGGGCGCGUUUGCAUGCGCAUAGUGAAAUUGAGCGCACACUUCGUGCGCAACUUGAAGCCGCGCGGGCAGAAAUUGAUAUGGCAGCGACGCGUGUCCAACCACGCGACAUGUCGGCCGACGUCGCCACGGACAUGUCGGACGUGACACCCUGCAAGACGUGCGACGCCGCUUGCGACCCAGUGCAAUGUGAGGUGGAGGAGUGCGAGCUCCGGCUGAGAGCCAAUGAGGAGCUCAGUACGGAUGCCACUGAGUUGGCCGCCGAGGUACGAUCGCUGCGCGCUGUGAUCGAGCUAAAGCAAGCGGAGAUGGCUUCUUUACGCGAUGCGCGGUCGGAACUAACAGCCGAGCGCGAGAGGCGAGUGGCGGCAGAACGAGACGCACGCGCCGCGAGACACGCAGCCGAAGAGUUGCGCGAGCGCGCCGCAGCCCGGCAGCGGGAGGCCGACAGACUGCGAGAUGACAAUAGGAGGCUGAGAGACGCCGCGGCCCGCGACCGCGACCACGCCACCAGGAUAGCCGCGCUCAAUGAAGAGCUGCGGUACAAGCUCAGGCAGAAAUCUCAGGUGGUGUCGCUGCUAGCAGGUGGCGGCUACAUCGAGCGGCCGCCGCUGCGCGCGCGCACGUCGUCUACGGAAUCCGCGCGCUCGGCGUCGCCGGACAGCCCGCCCUCGCCGGCCGCCUCGCCCGCGCCUGACGACCCCCCACUGCCAGCUGUCAAGGGAGUUGUGGAGAAACACGACUCCGUCAGCUGGGUGUUGGAGAUUGAAGAGACGCCCGAAGAGGUGGCCUCGAGACUGGCUCGCAAGUCGUCGUUCCGCACGGGCGCGUCCCCGAGCGGCGUAAAGCGUCGCGGCGGCGGCUCGCCCGGCAGCGCGUCUCCGGCGCCCGCCUCGCCCGCGCCCAACGCCUCCAAGCUGUUCCGCCCCGGCGACCUCGACUUCCCCCCUCCCCCGCCGCCCCUCAAGGAGUCCGCCGGAGAGGCCAUCUACAUCUACGACGACCGCCAGUACUGAACCCUCUGGUUCAACACUUUGUGAAAGAAUACUAGUCUCGUGCUCGUGAAAUCGGUAGACUGAACUCUACUUUUGAUUGACCGCAUGAAAGGACUCUGAACGUUCUUGCCGGAUUUUUUUUCUUUGCAUGCUGCAGAGUAGUUUUAUGAAACGUGGGACCCAACGGGCAAGUCUUUGCAAUUUAUUAUAGUGUAAGGUAUAUAGAUAUAUCGAGCUGUGACGCUCGCGUGCGGUUCAGAGGAGACGUUAUGGUUGCUUUGAGA